UUUGUUUGUUACUAUGAAGGAAAACGACUGUGAAAACAUCGAUUUUGGUAAGCCAAAAAAGACAAAAUCUAGAGAAGUUCGUUCAAGAUAUUUGUCUCCAACUUCAAAUUCUUCAAUCCUUGACGAUGAGAAUCAGUCUCCACAAUGUAUAGUCCCGAAACCAAGAUCAUCUACUGAUUAUAAGAAGCAUAAAAGUCUCGAAAAAUCGGGAUUAAUGGGUAAACUUUGGCCAUCUUCUUCUUCUUCUUCAAGUACAAUGAUGGAUACUCUUGCUAAUCAUUUAGGAAAUGAUAGAUUAAAAGACCUUGAAGAGCGAAAAAAUCGCGAAAAUUCAAAUUCUCAUCCCCUGUUUCUGAGUAAGCAAAAGAGUUGCACGGGGUUUAGUAGGUUUGAGAAUGAAAACGAAAUGACAAAAGAGAAAAGAAGAUCGUUUUUUGGUCGAUCAAUGGGAUACACAGGAAAAAUCAAGUUUCCAGGGAGAUUUUCGACUAAUUCAUCAAAGUCUUCGAAUUUAUCGGAAGGUAAUAGUGAUCAGAUAGCCCCUGGAAGAUUUUCUGUUGAUGGGAAUUCUCUUGGAAGAAGAUGUAAUUCAGCAAGAAUUAGAUCAGAUAUUUUAUCCGAUAUAGCAAAUGAAUCGGAAUCCGAAUACAGUGACAUUUGUUCAAACAACAGUUUUGAUUCCCCUGUUUUUGGGAGAAAUAUUGUAGCACCAUCAUAUAUGGCACCAACACUAAGUUCAAGAAAAGCUGGUAUCGAAGUUCCAUCCAAGUAUAUGCAAGAUUCGUUAUCAAAAUCGCGAAGAUGGAGUUCAGAUUCCAGUGUUCAUAAGCCAAUACAAAGGGCUACUACUUCACUUUACAGUAAAACUUCUAAAUGGGCUUUGUCUCCUGGAAGGCCAAAUUCUCCUCCUGUGUUUAUGGAAAACAAAGGGGUUUUUACAUCGAAUAUGAAGCCCCCAACGAGUCCUUCUAAGGGGAAAAAAGUUGGGAAUUUCCUUAGCAUGGGACUUGAAUUGCUCAAAGGUAAGAAAUUUGCAUCUGGUGCAGCAUCCCCUCUUAGGCCAGGCAUGACGGAGAGCGCUCAUCAUCUAAGGAUACUUCAUAAUAGAUUUUUGCAGUGGAGAUAUGUAAAUGCCAGAGCUGAUUCAGUCCAUCACAAUAUCAGUAAACAAGCUGAGGCAAACUUAGUAUAUGCUUUGGAUGGUGUAAUAAAAUUGAGACAAUCUGUGGUACAAAAGAAGUUGCAGCUACAGAGGCAAAAGCUUGAGAUGAAAUUGAGUUUUGUUCUUCAUUCUCAAAUAAAGUUACUAGAAGCCUGGGGUUCUAUUGAAAGGCAGCAUUCUUCAGCAGUGUCAGUAUCCCUAGAUUGUUUACAAUCUGCAGUCUGUAGGGUUCCUCUCAUUGAAGGAGCGACGGUGGAACCACAAUCAGCUAUUAUUGCUCUUCAACAUGCAUCAGAUUUAUCUUCAUCGAUCAAGUUGAUAUUAUCCAACUUCUCACCAGGAGUUGAAAAAACUGCAGAAGUAAUCAAGGAAAUGGCAGAGGUUGUUGUACAAGAGAAGUUGCUGUUAGAAGAAUGCUUGGAACUUUUCAAAAACAUUUCUACACUAGAGAGUCAAGAAAGGAAUCUAAUAUGCAGCAUUAUACAAUUAAGACUGCAACAAGAACAGCACUGCAAGAAAGAGAAGGAGAUAGUAGCUGCUUAAUCAUUUAAGCUCAGCAGGCAAAUGCUCUCGGAUUUACGUUAGAGGUGGAGACAGAAUUUUAAUUUUAUGGUUGUUGGAUUACAAAACGACAAGGUUCAAGUGUUAAUAACUGGAUUCGAAAAUUAAUAUCAUAAAUAUUUAGUGAAUUUCUUAAC